AGGAGGAGGAGAGGACAGCAGGGAGAGAUGGGAGUGCUGUAAUCCCGGGGGGAGGAGGGAUGGACGGACGGACCGACUCUACGCACAGAAGCUCGGAGAUUCACACUUGACACCAAAACACCGCCAUCAUAACCAUCAUCGGAAGCGAUGUCUGAGCGCGCGUGAAACACGGGCGCGCGUCCAUCUGAAGUGAUGAGACAGAAGCGCGCGGCUGGAUCCGUCUGUCAGCUUGUAUAAUGGAGAGCUCCAAUGGCUCCGACACCAAACCGCAGAGCCAUCAUCCUCAGGUGGAGAAGAAGAGGUUAAACCGCGCGCCGUCCCCUGCCAGACCCGUCCUCAAGGAUGUCCACUCGCGGACGGCCAAACCGAUCGUGCCAAAAUCACCCAAAUUCAACAAGCAACAAGCGCCGGUGACGCCUCAGAGCCGCGUCCCGAGACGCACCGUCCCGGGCGCGAAGGACAAAACCGCAUCAGCACCUGCAAAAAGCAACACCAAGCCCGCCUCAGUGACAAAAAAACCCGUUAAGGUCACUCAGCAUGCAGCGUCCGAACCCAAACCGGCCAGUAAAGCUGCUGAGUCCGCGGCUUCGCAGAUCCCCAAAAGCAAGGGGAGACCUGCCCCCAUACGCGUGCCCACCGGACGCGGCGUCUGUCAGACCGACAGCAGCUCGGAUUUGUCCGACUGUCCUUCCGAGCCGCUGUCCGACGAGCAGAGGCUGGUCCAGGCCGCCAGCAGCGACGCGGAUUCGGGCAGCGGCUCGGGUUCGAGUGAGCAGGCGGCCGCAGCGGCAGGAUCUCGGGCUGCACCUGCUGCUGCUUCUGGUGCGCGCUCGGACAAACGCAAAGCCGAUAAUAAAGACGCGCAGUUUAAACCCGACGGGAUGGAGAUGGCCCAGGACGAGCUGCUGAGGGAGAUCGAGGACCUGCGAUCGGAAAAUGACUACCUCAAGGAUGAAGUGGAUGAGCUGCGAGCGGAGAUGGAGGAGAUCCGGGACAGCUACCUGGAGGAGGAGGUGUACCAGCUGCAGGAGCUGCGCCGGGAACUGGACCGCUCCAACAAAAAUUGCCGGAUCCUCCAGUACCGCCUGCGCAAGGCUGAACAGAAGAGCCUGCGUGUGGCACAGACCGGACAUGUGGACGGAGAGCUCCUGCGCGGCCUGGAGCAGGACCUCAAGGUGGCCAAAGAUGUAUCGGUGCGUCUGCACAAUGAACUGGAAACGGUGGAAGACAAGCGCACCCGGGCAGAAGACGAAAACGAGCUGCUCAGGCAAAAGAUCAUCGAAAUCGAGAUCUCCAAACAGGCUCUGCAUAAUGAAAUGGAGAGGGCCAAAGAGACUGCUCUGCGGAGGCGAGGCAGUAGAGAAGCCUUCAAAGAUAAGAAGUCUUUAUCUCAGGAGGACAGUGCGGAUCUGCGCUGUCAGCUACAGUUUGCCAAGGAGGAAUCGGCUCUCAUGCGUAAAAAGAUGGCCAAACUUGGCCGCGAGAAGGAUGAGCUGGAACAGGAAUUGCAGAAAUAUAAAUCGGUGUACGGCGACGUGGACAGUCCUUUACCUUUGGCGGAGGUGACCGGCGGAGGCCCACACACCACCCGCGAAGCUGAGCUACGACUGCGACUUAAACUAGUAGAAGAGGAAGCAAACAUCCUGGGAAGGAAGAUCGUUGAGCUGGAAGUUGAAAACCGCGGUCUCAGAGCAGAAAACGAAGACUUGCGUAGUCAAUAUGAAAGGGACUGCUUUGGCCGCGAACCCUUUUCCAGCGUCCCUACCUCACCGUUUGGCGGCGAUGCGCUCGAGUCCGCGAGUGAACUGCGCAGACAUUUACAGUUUGUUGAGGAAGAAGCCGAACUCCUGCGGCGAUCCAUUUCUGAGAUCGAAGACCAUAACAAACAGCUAACAUCCGAGCUCAACCGUUUCAAAUUUGGCCCCAGCCAAUCCGAGCGGGAAUCAGAAGGUGCUGAAGGUGGACUCAAAAUUGUGAAUACAGCAGGUAAUGGUUUUUCAAGCAGCACACUUCAGGACGAACUAAAAACCGCUAGACUCCAAGUCAACGAGUUAAGUGGGAAAGUAAUGAAGCUUCAAUAUGAGAAUCGGGUGCUAAUCUCAAAUAUGCAGCGCUGUGAUUUGGCCGCACAUUUGGGAAUGCGUACUGGUAGCCCACGGGACAGUGAUGUGGACAGUGACGCUGGCCGAAGGGAACCAGAUGAAGAUGAAACGGCAAGGUUAUUGCUUCUUCAUCCCAAACGUGAAGGUCCCGUCGGCGGAGAGAGCGAUUCCGAUGAUUUAUUUGAACGUACGGCUACUUCAGGAUUCGCCAGUGGUGAAAAACCUUCCGAUUCCGGCGAACUGGGAGUAAUUGAAUUGGCUCAGCGUAGACGGGAAGACAAGGAGGCGUUAAAUAAUAUCAGACGGGAAGCUGAGAGACUUGGGAAAACAGUGGAGCGGCUUAUAACGGAUACGGAUAGUCUCAUCCGGGAAGGUCGACUGGUUGUUUUGGGAGGAGAUCUUCUUGAGGGUUCGGAGUUUAGGGGGGACGGAGACUCUGCUGAAUCUAAUCAAGACUCUCAGGUGCUGGACUCCAUUAAUGCACGCAUGAGGACUUUCCGCACGGAUCUCCAGCAAUUCAUGGAUAAAGUGGAGCAUCUAGGGGAGGGUUUACGGGACCGGGUGGAUGACCUAUCCCCAAUGCCUAACCUCACCGAAUCUAGCAGCUUCCUUUCUACGGUUACCUCCAUGUCCAGGGAUUCGCCAAUCGGGACUUUUGGAAGGGAUCUAGUGACGGACUUCCAGUCCGGGCGCAGGGAGGAGCAGGAGAGCUGUGUAGACCGGCCCAGAGGAGUCGCGGGACUCUCUAGAUACACCAGACCACACACUUUCAGAUCCGAGUGCUGGGAUUUUGAGACUGGUGUUCUGUGUUCUGCUGGGGUCCAGUUUCGUGACCCUGUCCUGCCUGAGCUGGGAACACCAACCCGAGAGAUACAGCUCCGACUGGAUCACGAGAGGAGGAUGAGAGCUGGAGCAGAGGAGAGAGACAGCUUUACUUCAUCCAUCACUCAGGAGGAGGAGAAGAGGCGUGCAGAGCUCCGGAGAGGACUCGAGCUUCAGGGGCUUCAGUCUCAUGAGCCAACAUGGCCACAGGAAAGAGGCCUGCUGCAACAGGAAGUGAGGUUGUUUCGCCACAACAUGGUGAUUGUGUACAUGAAGCUGCGCUGGAUCCUCAUGCACUGGAGACUCGGACGCAGGACGGACACCGUGGAGGAGGGAGCACAUGCUGAGUAUGAACGACUGGAGAAUAUUCCAGAACUGGGCAUUAUGACCGAUCAGGGUGACGGAGACACGGAGCGGGAAGACAAAGUGUAUCCUCAAAUCACAGGAAGUGACAUCACAGAGCCAGGGCCAACUCUGCUGCCGUCGCCAGAGAGAUUCCAGUACCAGAAACAGGCGUGUGACAGUCGGCGUGUUCUGCAUGCGCUGCGGUCUCUGCUGGAGGAGUUCAGGGCGGAGCUUCGGGAGGAGGCGGGGCGACGCUGGCAGCUGCAGCAGGCCUUAGCCAAUGAGAGAGCGGCAUGGGAAAUACAGCGCGCUGAAAUGAGGAGUCACAUCAACACGCUACAGGAUGCCAGAGGUGACUCUACUGGCGCAGAUGAAGGUGCAAUCGCUGCAGAUGUUUUACAGCAGGAGCGGGAGGAACAACGCCGCCUACUGGCUGACAGUCACAGCACGGCACUGGAGCUGCGCUGGAAACUGCAGCAUGGAGAAAAGCGCUGGACUCGAGAGCGCAACGAACUUCUGGAGCGCUUUGAGAAAGAGCGGCAGGAAUGGGACCGCAGCUUGCGGGACAUGCACCACAAGAUGGAAAAGAUGCAGAAAGAUGCUCUUCAGUCAGAUGAGGGCGCAGCACAUGUCUUCUCCCCUCAGGAAAGCCCUUGUAAGGCUCCCAGAUCUCCACGUUCCCCCUGCACCGCAGCACACACUCGCUCACACUCGGACUCGGAGGCCACACUGGAGGAGAAGGGAGCGGUGGGAAGACCCAGGCCCUGUGAGGGACCCCGGCCCCCAGAGAGCCUGUUCCUGGACGCCCUCUCCCUGGACACCCUUAGCGAAGCGGAGGUUCCCCCUCCAUCACGGCUGGAGAGCGAAAAAAGGUUCCCCCACCUGAAGGAAGUAAGAGACCGAGCGCUGAAUGAGAUUUCUGAGAUUGCGGAUCCUGCCAUUUACCCUGAAGAAGAGAAAAGUAGUGGCAGCCUACUCAGGGCGAAGUCAGUUUGCUCCAUGAGCGACUUCCAACGUUUAAUGGACAGCUCUCCCUUUCUACCAGACAAGAGCAAGUCUGGUGAGCAUGGGCGGGAUGAUGUGACUCCUCCCCUUUCUCCAGAUGACCUCAAAUACAUUGAGGAGUUUAAUAGUAAGGGUUGGGAUCUGCCCACCACCUCUCUAGCCACUUGCCCCAUUCCUGGACCAGUAAUCCCCUCUCCAGUGAUUGAGGCCUGGGCAGAGAGAGCAGAAUCCCGAAGGGCAGAGUCUACUUCAGAAGCAUUCCAGCCAGCCUCUUGGUUCCUGACCACCAGCGCUACCUUGACCACCAACACCAUGAGUAGCCCUGAGUACUGCCAAAAGGUCCCAGUCAGGGCAGCUCAGGGGAGCGACCAGUUUGGGGUGCAUGUUCUUCACAGUCCGUCUCGAGGGGAACGGUCAGCUCCAAGUCCCUCUGAGCAGGAAUACAUGUUCUCCAAAGUGACCAAAGUAAAUGCAGGGGAGGUGGUAGGAGGUGCAGAAGAGGUUUUUGGAGGAAGGUGGCCAUGUGAGCUUGGGAGUCAUUUGGAGCCAGGACUUAGGCCUGGAGAGCGUCCCUCAAUUUGUGCGGCAGUCGGCUAUACCUCAUCAUUAGAGCUGGAGCUGUCACGCAAUCUGAGCGAUGAUAUGAAAGAAAAAGCAUAUUCCGCCCGCAAUGCAAUCCGAUCAUCUUCUACCACUGGAUCCAGCCCUCCAGAAAGGCAGCUACGGGAUAUGGCGUGCCAGACGAAUGGUCUGACAUCACGUGGAACACAGACUACCCAGACUAUCAGUGUGGGACUGCAAACGGAGGCUCUUCGCACCCUCACAAGCAGCCCUCAUCGCUGUCUCACCCCAAAAGGAGGAGGCUCCACUCCCAUCUCAUCCCCUUCACGUAGCCUAAGAAAGAUGCAGUACUCUCCAGUUGUCCAGGCCAAGUUUGAACGCCCAUGCUGUUCUCCAAAAUACGGCUCACCCAAGCUUCAAAGGAAACCUUCUAAUGCUAGUAAAACAGAACAGCCCGUCAACCAAACCCGUGCUCCCACCCCAACAACUCCUGUCCAGCAACAAAAAGGCAAUAACGAAUCCGCUUGGGCUCGUUCUACGACCACCAGAGAUAGUCCCGUUCACACCACCAUCAAUGACGGCCUCUCCAGCCUCUUCAACAUCAUCGACCACACGCCCAUCGCUUACGACCCCAUGCAGAAGUUCAACAAGUCCCCAAGCCGCUCUCGUCCCACCGAAUCAGGGCCAGCAGAGCCCAAAUCUCCCAGUGUUUGUGCUGCACAGGGGCCUUUGAGGAACUCUCGGGGCCGGUCCCCAAGCCCUGUGCAGCUGAUUGUAGAGACGCAGGGCGAGAAAACUCCAGAGGUCAUUAGCAUCAGACAGGACCUGUCUGCUCCUCCGGGCUACACGCUAGCAGAGAACGCAGCACGGAUAUUGAAUAAGAAACUACUGGAGCAGAGCUUCAGGGAGGAAAGGAGGCUUUCUGCUUCAUCCGCAGCUGUCCCGAACAGAACCGGAGACUCAGAGAAACCAGGAUGUCUUGAGGAUCUGCCACGUUCUCCUGUGGCUCCGCCUCUGGACUCCUGCUUUCUGCGUCCUGCUCGUCCUGCCAAUCGGCGUCCUCCGUCCCGCUGGGCGUCUCACUCGCCCUCAUCCUCGCCCAAAUACAGCGAGCGCUCAAAACGGUUCCUCUUCCCUUCGCCCAUCAGACCCGUUCAGACCAUUCCGGAGACUGAGGAGCCCGGCCUGGAGACCCUCCUACAACCCUGACCAGCCUAAACCACAAACACACAUGCUUCUGUUAGCUACACCUCCACUAUUUCAUUACAGAUAGAACACUGACCUUAUUCAGCUGCCAUGAUGAUUCCAGAAUGAGCAGUUCACUUCCAGUCAAACACUUUGAAAAGGUACGUUUAAAGGCACUAUACAAAAUAAACUCAUUAUUAUGAAUAUUAUCAUUCACUUGGGUGUGUUGUUCUGUUGCUUCAAAACCCACAGGAAAAAAACUAAUUAUAGUAACCCAUAGUAGAUACAAUAGUGUUUUUGAACCAUGCUAUGGUAAAGUAUGUGAAUAAAUCUGUUGCAUUAAUUCUACAGUUGCUAUAGAAACGCAACAGCUAUAGUAAUUGAUCUGUGGUAGUAAUUCUAUAGUUGCUAUGGUAACAUAACAACUAAAGUAAUUCAUCUGUGGGGGUAAUUCUGUUGUCGCUAUGGUAACAUCACAACUACAGCAAUUUAUCUGUGGUAGUAAUUCUAUAGUUGCCAUGGUAACACAACAACUAUAAUAAUUGGUCUGUGGCAGUGAUUCUGCAGUUGCUAUGGUAACACAACUAUAGUAACUGAUCUGUGGUAGUAAUUAUAAAGUUGCUAUGGUAACAACUACAGUAAUUGAUCUGUGGAAUAAUUCCUAAGUUGCUAUGGUAACACAACUAUAGUAACUGAUCUGUAGUAGUAAUUCUAUAGUUGCUAUGGUAACACAACUAUUGUAAUUGAUCUGUUGUAGUAAUUCUAUAGUUGCUAUGGUAACACAACUAUAGUAAUUGAUCUGUGGGAGUAAUUCAAUUGUUACUCUGGUAACAACAACUAUAGUAACUGAUCUGUGGUAGUAAUUCUAUAGUUGCUAUGGUAACAACAACUACAGUAAUUGAUCUGUGUUAGUAAUUUUAUAGUUGCUAUGGUAACACAACAACUUUAGUAAUUGAUCUGUGGCAUUAAUUACAUUGUUGCCGUGGUAAUAACUACAGUAAUUGAUCUGUGGUAGUAAUUCUAUAGUUGCUAUGGUAACACAACAACUACAGUAAUCGAUCUGGGGUAGUAAUUCUAUAGUUGCUAUGGUAACACAACAACUACAAUAAUUGA